CUGACAUGCUCUCGCAAACCUUCGCUGGUGUUUGCACUUUGUGGCGCGUCCUUUCAGCAGUUUAUACUAUUUUUAUAUGAAAUAUACAUAUCACCUUACUAUGUGCUAAGUGAAUGGUACGACUCAGCGAUAAAAGUACGGGAGUAGCAAGCCUCACAGGAUGCGCAUGUUCCUUCAGACUUGGCGUGGUACUUUCGCUGAUGACAUUGCUAACUUCUUUAGCAUGUACAGACUCUCCCGCUAACAUUCUCAAGUCGGCCAUCGUGCUCAACGCUUUGUAUAAUCACACGUCUAUCGUGCCAAACAUACAAAUGCCAUGGAAAUACACGCGCGACAAGACCUGGACCACCCACCUCUUCUCCUACCCCCGUCUUUUAUACUCCUCGCUCAUCACUGCACCUACCACUAGGCACAUCCUUGAUCCUCGUUUUCCUUCAUUGCACCAGCAUGUCUGAUCACUUGAAGUCAUCGGCGCAAAAAAAUAUGAUUGUCACCUCCCGGUACAUGCCCGCUCACAUUGAGCUAUGCAUCAGUGUCGAGAGCAGACGAUGAAAUCAGCCAUUCGAGUCAUAUCUCACUA